AGCCUUGGGGAAAGGGGGUUUAUGUUUGGAAGUUGUAUGUCUGUUAAUAGAAAUCUGUAAAAUCAAGUCUUAAAAAAGAAAAAAAUGUUGGUUCAAUAAGUUUAAAUGGAACAUUCUGAUGGUGGUGGUCUUAAAUUUCAUACCAGGAAUCCACUAACAAGUGAAAAAAUCCUGUAAUUUCAAUGCCUUUGUUUUGCCAUGUGGGUCCACACUACAUGAGUGACUUGGCACAGUUCCCAUUACACUGGAAGUCUCUUGUUACACUUGGCUGGUACUCCAAAGGAUGAUGACGCUGGCAUGCAUGUAAUGAUGACGAAACACAGAGCGGUAUUGACUUUGUGUUUGACUUGGCAGCAGACGCUCAUUUUACAUCUGACCCACAUUUAGCCUCACAGAGAAGUUUGAGUGCAAAACAAAAGCUGUAAAGAGAUGAACGGGUUAAAAAUCACAGAAUUAAGUUAUAAAAGUGACACUAUUGAUAGACGUGGACAUACUGUAUUAUUCCAGCCCUGAAUAAAUGUCCAUUCAUACCGGCGCUUUCAUGUGUUCUGUGCUUCAACCUUUGUGUUAAAAUCCUCUGGAGUCACAGGUUCUCUGUAUGUAUGGUUUAAGUUGGUGCAGGUCUGUAAUGAGGCUCUAACGUGUUGAGCAAUCGUGUUCCCUCGUGCUUCAAAACGUAGACAUUCCAUAUUUCACACAAGCGGUUAAUCUCAUUUACUGAGGCCUAUAAAGCCUGCCUUAUAUGUUGUAUGACCACUGUGUGCAGGCUGAACCAUUUCAGGUGCAAUGUCAUACUUAGUGUGCAAAUAUAUAUGAUGACAUAUAUGUUUGAGGCAGACAUGACAUAGCUUUGAUUUGAGAGGCCCAGUGUGACAACUGGGUAAAUAUGAAGCCAGAUAUGAUAUGUAAUGAAGCUUUUCUGCAUAUCCACUUUAAAAUGUGAUUAAAAACACAUCCAAAUAUCACUUCUGUGUGUGAUAGUUUCUUGCUUUUUAAAGAUCAUUACCACAUGACCACAUUGGAAAGCAGAGUGUUUUCAUUUUUUCUGUGUGACUAAUUUCCAAAACAGAGAGUUCUUACAAGCAAAUCAAAGAAAGAAUGUGGUGACUUCAAUUUUUCAGUCAAGUCGAGGUCAAUGAAGACAUGUGGAUUUAUUUUUCCAACAUCAUAAGUAAAAAACAAGUUCAUUUAUCCACACACACAUAUCCCAGUCCCAAGUUUGAUUAUUAUUCUUGUCAGUUUGGAGGAAAACCUCCUCAAGUUAAACAUUUAUUUUUAAUCAUUUCAAAAAUUGUAUCUUGGACUUUACUCCUUCCAUAUGUUUAUGACGUUUUAUGUAUUUUUACCCAUGUUUCUCAACUUGUCUGAUCUUAUAAUCCUGUGAUUGAGACAGACUUGGGCCACACAAUGUCAGGCCUGUGUCCGCUCUAACCCUAUAUGGCAUGAAAAGCUGCAAUUGAUGUUGAAACUGCAUGAAACAUGGCAAAUCCAUUGUAUGCUUAGCAUGAUGGCUGGAUUUCAUGUCAUUAACACGCAUGGCGGUGGAGCGGAAUAAGAACACAGGCUUUUAUUGUACAGCACAUGUUUGCCCGUAUCACAUAUGAAACUCCAGACUGAACCCAAGCUUUUAUCUGACUUUUGUUGUGUCUGCCUACCUCCAAAAGCAAUUUUGUUUUCCCCAUUUUUGGCAGAGGACACUGUUGGCUUAAUCUCCAGAGGUCAGUGUGCCUGUCAGAAGUUUGAUUCCCUGGAAAAUGGCAACAAAACAAAUGCUGAUGUAUUCAGUUUCAGUCCUUACACAAGGAGGUAGUGAUAAAACACUGACAUGACCAUCUGCAGUGUGAUGAUCAACACCUUGUUUGUCUGCUACAUCUGCUCAAAUGACACUUAAUUCAAUGACUAUUCAUUCGAGUCAGAUUAUGUGGAAAUGGUGCAUGAUUUACACGCAGAUAACAGCAUGAAUCCCGUGUAUUCACACUUGUUGACAUGUGUUUAUUCUUAUCCUGUAGCCUCUGGAUGUGACAUCAAUCACCCAUCCAAUCAGACCUUGUGGCACAGCCAUAAAAAUCUGAGAAUAAAAGGUGUUUUAUGUUGAUGUUAUGGCUCCAGGCUUUUAUUUUCUCAAGACAUGGGAGUGUUUUUUGUGAAUGGCUGGGAUGCUGCAGCUCUGCCGACACCUGUUGUGUCUCCUUAAAGCCACGCGAAGCAGCUGUCUGCAUUGAACGUGUCGCCUCGUCGUUUGACAUCAGCAGCGGCUGCAUCCUCACCGGGGCGCGGACACACAAAGGCUUGUUGUGUAACUAAUUGAGGGCUUUACUGUUGCGGUGGGCAAAUACGCAUUAAGAGCUGCGGUUUGUGUAGUUCUGUUCAUUAAGGCAUUCCUGCACGGAUUGGGGCGACAGAGAGAGGGGGGCUUUACAUAAUGGAGUGCAUGCUUUUCACGUGAAAUGGCCCUUUAAAAGCGGGCUUCCCUUCACUCUCAUUCAGGCACAUCGUAAAACGAGCAGGAGCGAGGAGUGAAAAGUCUUUGACAGCAGCACUUUGGGGUUUUUGUCAGAUCGGCUUCAGGAUGGUUUCGUCGUACCCGUUACCGGAGGGCUUCUCCGAGUUUGAUGUGUUCUCCCUGGGAUCGUGUCUGCUGGUGGAGGGUGAGUGGUUUUUUGUUUUGUGCUGGAAUUCAACCAAAUCCUGCGAGGGCUGCACCCGCUGGAUCAUCCACCUAUGACAGGACCUGACACCACCCGGUCACUGGCAUCUGACUCUAGUGUUAUGAAAGGGAGGAUCUGCUUUUUUCUCUCUCUCUGCAAAACCACAUAAUAACCUCCACGAACAGAAUGUAAACAAACAAAUUGAUAAGAAAAUGUCUCGGUGCAACAUUUGGCGCAGUAAAUAUCGCUUUACGCGCAGUCAUCCCCGCGUAAACACAGCCUUCAUUCGUGAUCUUAACUGCUUAUUUCUCCUCUAUCAAAGGUCUGCUGGGCUUCUUUUUAAAUAUGGUGACAAUCGUCGCCUUCCUUAAAGUGAGAGAGCUGAGGACCCCCAGCAAUUUCCUCGUCUUCAGCUUAGCGUUAGCUGACUGUGGCAUCUCCGUGAACGCCACCAUCGCCGCUUUCUCUAGCUUCCUGAGGUGAGUGAUGUAACCGCCUCCUCCUCCUCCUCCUUUCUUCAGGUCGGGGUAUAAACAGAGGCCAAAAAGACAUGUAGUGUAUAGUGUAAUGGUUGAUAUAAAUGGUAAUAUCUCCCCUCGAGGGGAAUCAUCGACCUUUGAGCUGCAGCCUUUAGAGUAAUAGAGGAGCAUUGAGGGCUGCAGAGUGCAGGGGGAGCGGUCAAUACACUGAUGAUACAGCCUCUGUUAUUAUGUGCUCAGGCUGUAAUCAGGAGAUGAGAGAUUCUGCUCCAGGGAUUAGAUGGACUCUCAUUUUUAUUGUUUAUUCUUUAAAUAUGCCCAGAGUUGAUUAAAUAGUCUAUUAAUUCUAUUAUUCUUGCUUUAAAUAGAGAUCCAUGCUCUGAAAUAGGUACACUGAUUGAUUACUUUGAUCAUAUUUAGUACAUCCUGUGAGAACCAUUUUUAAUACUCUGCUCUUAAGAAUAUAUGACUCUCGAUGUUGUGUUUGCAGAUACUGGCCUUAUGGCUCUGAUGGAUGCCAGACUCACGGUUUCCAGGGUUUCGUCACAGCUCUUGCCAGCAUCCACUUCAUGGCCGCCAUCGCCUGGGACAGAUACCACCAAUACUGCACCAGUGAGUCAGCCUGUACCUGCAUAGAACAAAUGAUGGCUAAAGCAUAACUACAACCACAUACAGUGCACUUAUACUCCUCUGCAAGGUGCAGGCUUUCUUCAACAUUCACAAGCAAAACAAGAGGUUCUAUUCUGAAGAGGUCAGCUGAUCAACAAGUGGCCUGAUAUCUCAGAAAAUGUCACUGAUCUCCAUAAUGAAACAAAAACAGAGCUGUUUUUACAAACUGAUAAGCAAUCAGGGUUCAGGAUCAGGCCUUGGGGUAUUCUUACUGAUCUUUAAGAGCAGAAUACACAGAGGAGAGAAAAUGAUUUAACAUCUCACAAAACGUCUUGGGGUUAGUUUUUUUUUUUCCCCAGAGGUGUCGGACAAAGUGAUGAUGAAUGUGUUUACCUCCUUCCAUUUAGGGACAAAGCUGCAGUGGAGCAGCGCCAUCACUCUGUCUGUGUUCAUCUGGCUCUUCACCGCCUUCUGGUCCGCCAUGCCCCUCAUCGGCUGGGGAGAGUACGACUACGAGCCCCUGAGGACCUGCUGCACCCUGGACUACAGCAAGGGAGACAGGUCCUGAUUACACACCAACACUGUCUGACAUCCAUGUGCAUUUAGUUUUCUGUUUAAGUGGUUUACACUGAGAUUUUUGGUUCAUUCUAUUCCUUCACAGAAACUACGUGUCCUUCCUGAUCCCCAUGGCCAUCUUCAACAUGGCCAUUCAGCUGUUUGUUGUCAUGUCCUCCUACCAGUCCAUUGCACAGAAAUUCAAGAAGACCGGAAACCCCAGGGUAAGAAAAAACUCUUACGUAAGUGAAAAAAAUAUCUUUCAUUACACUCAUACUCUAUUUCUGUCUAUUAUUUGUCACUGGAAAACACAAAAAACUCCUUCAGCAUGUUAAAAACACAGGACUGGAAAUGUAGAAUAACUCUAAACUUGUAGCACAGAGAAGCACCAGCUGCUUUUUGCUUCAGUGCUCUAAUCUAACAUUAACCACAUGCAUGAUUCAGAGAAAUGUAGAGAUUCCUUUUAAGUCCAAGAAAGUGGCGGCUACAUCUGACAGAUCAGUGAUUCAUUUAAGCAUUCAGCCUUUUUACAGUAAAUCAAAGAAAUUCCUCCGUAUUUACAUAUUUUAUGUCUUUUCCUGAAGUUACUUCCUCACAUGGUCCCUAUUCAGGCAAACAAAACAGACCGUGAAUGGGCAGCGUGCAGCCUGUGACAUAUAUAGGUCACUGCCACAGGGGGGGAAGGCCGGGCUCUUUAGUUCGGAUUUCUGACGGUAGCAGCUCUUUGAAAAUAAACUGUAUCUGUGAAUGGAGUUCAAUAGUUGUGUUCCUCAGGGGCAAAUCAGGUUGCCUCACUCUAUAUUGCAUAAGCCCAUUACUCACAGUCAUCUGAGUUGGCUGGAGACACUUUCAUUACAAGCACAAAGGCUGCAGAGGAAAGGCAGAGCUGCGUUGAAAAAGAAAAAAGUGUAAUUAUGUAAUAUCUGCCCAAUAUGUUAAGCACAAAACAUGUGUGUGGUAAACACCUGCAGGGAUUGAAUCAUCCAGACAUGUUUAAUUGUAAGGAGGGGCAAUAUCCUUCAGGGCCAUGGAAAUCGACUUGUCAGGGCAGGAUUCGCUCUCAUAUCAACUUGUGACGAGCCGAACUAAAGUCAAAUAAACAAAACUUCCUUUGAGACUCUCAAUGAGAUCCCAUGAUGCCAAAUGUGUCGGCUUAUUGUGCAAAAAAUAGAAGCGAAUGUCAUAGAAAGUGCAUCCUGUCCCAUAUAAAGAUGUGGUUUAGAUCUCUUUACAGUGUCAACAACGAGUUGCUUCAACAAAGCGUCGGGAAAAGCUGAUUUUGGCCAUAAAUAAUUGUGUUUUCCAGUGAAGCUAUCAGAGACUUGCACACAGAAGUAGAUCUUUGUGUUAAGGGGUCAGAUUUGACUCUGCAUGACUAAACUCUGGGAAAUUUCACAGAGAGUGCAGCCAGUAAAAUAUGGAGCAGUGAGUAUGAGAGUUUAACACAGUGUAAGCAGCAUGUAGCUUUAAUGUGGAGUGGAAAUACCCUGAUACAGGAUAUAAAUGUUAUUCUAGAGAAGAGGUUUCUGACUUUUUAUGUCUACACCUCUGAAUAUAGUCUUGGAUUGUGCAGCCUAAGAACUUGAAGCUGUAAAGUUUGAACAUUUGCUCACAGUUUCUGCAUCAAAAAACUCAGAAUAGGUAGUUUCUUCGACUUACAUAUUAUACUGCCAGAUCGUGAGGACAAUUACAGAGCUUGAAAAUUCCCACAAUGUGAAAAAAGAAGGUGAUUUUUAAGCUUAGGGGGUUAACUCUCCUUCUCUCUGUAGGUCUUUACUCGGACCGAUAAUAAGCCUAUUUUGAACCCUGGCUCACAACAGCCUGCCCCCUUUACUUUUAGCUGCUUCUGUUUGGUAGCUUGGAUCUUUCUGAACACAGAUGCUGUUUUCCUCUCAGCCAUUAUCCCAGGCGUGUGACUCGCCCUGGAGUAAAAAAGAAAAAAAAAGACUCAUGACACAAAGCAUUUUUCUUCAUUCCUUAUGGUUGAACGGUAACUAAUCAUUCUUGUUCUGAUCCUCUUUCUCUCUCUCUCUCUCUGCUUUUAUCCACCUCUCAUUUCUCUAAUGUGUCUCUCCCUCCUGCUUUUCUCUUUCCAUCCUUCUUUAGUUUAACCCCAACACUCCUCUGAAGGCUAUGCUGUUCUGCUGGGGCCCCUAUGGUGUCCUGGCUUUCUAUGCUGCUGUUGAGAACGCCAACCUGGUCUCCCCCAAGCUGAGGAUGGUGAGUAUAAGUUGUUCAUACAUGAGCAUAAAAACUCAUAUAAACUUCACACUAGGACAGUAAUACACAGUAAAAUAAUGAUAAAAAUGUCCUCUUUUAGUUCAUUAGUUUCCAAAAACAUCUAACCAGAUAAAUACAUACAUUUUAAAUUUUUAAGGACAUUUUUUAUUUUUAUUUUUUUGGUUUUCAGUAGUAAAUUAAACAAACAUUUCAGCUUCAAAAAAACUUGAAUUUUCUGGCCAUAUUUUAUGGUGUCAAGCAUUAAAGGGUUAAAGGUGAGAUAUAAAAAAUUUGUUCAGAGUUUAUACAUUUUUAAGUGUUUUGAAGAGUUAUUUACAUUUGUGUAUGUUUAAUAUUUACAGCAGCAUCUUUAAAACUGCAGCAAUUCAGUGAUUGUUCUUCAGUUUAUAGGAUUUUUGGCCCUGCUUUCUCUCAUUAGUUUGCUUACUGGCCCAUGACACUUAGUUGUGCAAGUUUUUAUUGUGAAGCUGAUGAAGUUUGAAGCAGAACCAAAGAUUGGCAACACAAAUACAUCCCUAUGUAGAUGCUUCCCCUUUAAAACUCCUGUAAGGAACUUUCAAUUUAUGUCAACAUUAGCGCCCCCUCUGGACAAAGCUGUCUUUGCAUGUCACAUCCACAACUUGCCUCAGUGGCCCUGAAGUAUAAAAGGCUUUAAAAUGAGAGAACUUCAACACAACAUUUUUUUUUAAUUGAUUGUCUUAAAACUUAUUUUUCAUGAAUCUGUAACCCUGUCUUGACAACCUUGUUUGCACCUGUCCCUGCAGAUUGCUCCCAUUCUGGCCAAGACCUCUCCCACCUUCAACGUCUUCCUGUACGCUUUGGGAAAUGAGAACUACAGAGGAGGCAUCUGGCAGUUCCUCACCGGGGAAAAGAUUGAUGUGCCUCAAAUUGAGAACAAGUCCAAAUAAACUAAGCAUGCAAUAAUUACACUCUGGUUCUGUCCUGGUGGUUUCUCACAGGUACUUAGAUGUUUUCUGUCUGAGUGUAUGUGCACGUGUCGCGUUUUGAACAGUGUUAGCCACCUUUUUUUUCUUUAUAAACAUCUGUCCUGUGUUUGUAGUCCUUUGUUUCUGCAGUUGUAUUUUGUGAAGAACCAAAAAGAAAUAAUAACAUGGCUUUGGAGAAUCAGCUAAGAGCAUUAGAAACUUAAAAUAGCACAGAGUAAUUGCAUUGGACAUGUGAAUUUAGUAACAAACACAUGAUUUGUCUGGUUUCAUUGGGUCUUUGUGAAAAUUAAUUGUAUUAAUUUCAAUAAAUAGGGGAUGACUUUCAUUUAGAAAGUAGCAUAUAAAUCUUACUGUAAACAGACAUACAUGUUACAAGUGCGACAUCAGUAAUAAGGCUUUUUAUAAUACAAACUAGUCAGCAGCUUUGAACCAGAAAAAAGGACAUUAGCGCAAUUAUCAACAUUCCUUCUCUUACAGCCAAAGCAUGAUGUCAUUGAAAGGCAGCAAUCUGAGCUUUGUCGAAAUAGGUGGACCAAAAAGGAUAAAAGGAAACAAAAGGCUUAAAGGUUAGAGCAGAGGACGAGGUCAAAGAUUUCCAAUGUUUGUGACCUCCCUCUGGGUCUGCAGCGAGAGGAGUUAUCUCUCUUGCAAAGUGCCUGUCAAUAACAUGUUAAAAGGUCUGCAUGCACUUGUCUCAUCGUGCUCUCUAAGGUUGUGAGUGAGCUCUGUAUCCAGAGUAGAACCGCGUUAAUCCUCCAAACAAGAGCACCAUUCAUCAAUACACAGCCCCCACAACAAGUACGAGAUUAGUCGCUGGUUGUAGAUUAACCGAACAUGCUUCUUGCCUCUCUAUUUGCAUUUAAACAAAGACAGAGUCUGUUUGACAUUCACACUUAUCUUAAUGAUUAAUGGGAUCUAUAAAUAGAAAGUGAGUAGAAAUAAUAGAACUCAGGUUUAGACUUGAUUUUACAAUUUGAUAAAUUAAACAAACUCAAGCUAUAGAGAAGAUGAAUUCCUUUCAACUUAAAUACCUGCAUAUCAACAGUUAAAUCAUUGUUUUCUUUAAGUAUACAUUAUUCAGAUUUUCUUAUAAACUUCACCUUAAUUUAGGCAUCAUUUCAAACUUUCUGUAGUCCACCAACAGUGAUAAACAGCACGCAGAAACAUAGUGGUUAUCAUAUAAUCAAUACUUUCUGACUGUAGGUUUCAAAAACCAAUAAUCCAUUUAUUCUGUUGUUUUUGUUUAAGGUAUUAUAAAGUGUACAGCUUCAUUUUUAAUUUCCCAUUCAUGAAACAAAGUCUGUCUUGACUUUGAGACAGAGUGUUAGUCUAAAGGGGAAGCUAGAUUAUUACCAUUCCUGCAAAACAUGCACAAAAGUUUAAAGGCCAGCAAGGUUUCUGUACUCUGUUGCAUGCACAUCAUUCUUAAUGUAAUAAUGUAAAUCCUCAACAAUGCAAACAUCCAAACUCUCACAUGUAAACGUAAAAAUAUCCUACACUGUCCUACAAUAUCCAUGUGAAAUCUACCCCAUACAAUGUAUAGUGAUAUAUAUAUAUUUUUAAUGUAUCUAUUGAUCACUGCUAAACCCUGGAAACUUGAUUGUAAUCAUUGUUUUGAAGUGCUGUUUCAUUUUUGUCAGUCUGUUUGCUGUUUUUAAAUUGACAUUAGGUGAUCGACCAGAUCAACAGAGUGAAUCAUCAGAUUUUCAAGCUAUUUUUCUGGUAUUUAAUAAAGGAUCAAAACUGUCAAGGAUCUCUGUCUUUUUGUCUCAGGCAUCAUGAAAACAUGGUAUAAAGAGGGAAAUUGUGCAUCUUUUUAAUUGAAGUUUGCAGGCCAAUCAUAAAUGCAAACUCCUACCAACAAAUAGUUUGAUCCUAAGUGAAAAAUCCAUAACAUAGGGUUAUAUUGAAUAUUUUUCAUGAUGCGCUAGAUGUUCAAUGGGUGACAAACUAGGACAACAGUGGGGUCAGUUUUGCACCAUGCAGUUGUCAUAUACGCAGAAAGUAGUUUGGUGAAGUCUUACUGAAAUAUUCAAGGUCCCCCCUGAAAAACAAACAUUGUCUGAGUGGCAGCUUGUUUUUUUUUCAGACCUUUGUAUAUUGUUCAGCAAUAAUGGUGCUUUUCCAUAUGUGUGAACUAACCAUGCCAUGGGCGCUGAUGUAUCCCCUUACUAUCAGGGAUGCUGGCUUGUGAACUUUAGGCUAAUAGCAGGUUAAGGGUUCCUCUCCUCCUCAGCGGAGGAUAAAGUGUUUAGAAUUUCCAAAAGAACAUAAUAACCCACUGGGCACUCAUUAGAUGUUUAGACAUGUUUCCUUUUUGAACUCUCUGAACCCAUGCCGUGACUUUCACUACAGGGUCAUGUCUGUUUUAAAUGCAGUGCAACCUGAGGGGUUAGAUUUUUAUUUUUUAUUUUUUCUUUUUUUUCUUUUUAAGCAUUAAACAUUUUUUGUCAGUUUCUUUCGCCCUGUUUGAUCUUUUUUGAAACAUAUUACUGGCAUGCAUACAAUCUUAAAUGAGUAUAUUUUUAUCAUAAAACAAUCAAAUAUUUCAUUUUUAUCAUUUGGCAUGAAAUCUUAGCAUAUAUUUUGACCAAAUUUUUGGUUCAAGUUAUUUGCAAAUCAUUAAAAUUCUUUUAAUAUUUUCCACAGUGUCCCGGCUUUUGGGGGGAUUGAGUUUGUUCUUUUCUAUCUG